AUGGCUUCCUUUUCUACCCUCCCCCCUAUCCUCCAGCCCAAGGAAGAGGACAUCCAAAUGAUGCUAUCUGCUGGUGUCCACACCGGAACCAGAAAUUCUGAUGAUUCCAUGAAGGAGUACAUCUGGCGUCGCCGUAACGAUGGUGUGCACAUUUUGAACAUCGGAAAGACCUGGGAGAAGCUGAUCUUGGCCGCCCGCGUCAUUGCUGCUAUCGAAAACCCUGAGGAUGUCAUUGCCAUCUCUGCGCGUCCAUACGGUAUGCGUGCUGUCCUCAAGUUCGCUCACUAUACUGGAGCCCAAUCCAUUGCUGGACGAUUCACGCCUGGUACCUUCACAAACCAGAUAACCAAGCAAUUCAGGGAACCCAGAUUGUUGAUCGUUACUGACCCAAGAACCGACUCGCAAUCCGUCCGCGAGGCUUCUUACGUGAACCUCCCUGUCAUUGCCUUCUGUGACUCUGAUUCGCCUUUGCAGUUCGUUGACGUUGCCAUCCCUGCUAACAACAAGGGUAAAUUCUCCAUCGGUCUUCUUUACUGGAUGCUCGCUCGUGAAAUCCUUCGCCUAAGAGGAUCUGUCAGCCGAACAUCCGACUGGGACGUUCCUGUCGAUCUCUUUUUCCACCGUGAUGUUGAAGAACUCAAGAAGAGCGAGGAAGAACAAGCCGCCAAGGCUGAAGAAACUGCUGCUGUUCCUGCUUACGAAGCACCUAUCGCUGAGACCAUGGAGCCCGCUGCUAUGGAAACCCCGGCUGAUGCCAGCUUCCGACCUGCUGAUGCCGCUCCAUACGGUACUUCCUGGGAAGGAGGCGAAACCACAUCAGCUGCCGCCGCUGCUGGAGGUGACUGGUAA